UCCCCUCGCCUCCUCUCGCCGCAUGUCCGGCGCCUCGGUCGCGCAGCAGCAGGCCGCCAGCGGGCCGUCGCGGCUGCGCACGGAUCGCGCCGCCUCGGCGCCGCAGACGGGCCCCUCGAGCUCGCUGCUCGCGGCGCUGCACUCGUUCGACGAGCUCUCGGACGCCAGCGUGCUGUGUCUCGCCGACAUCGCGCCGCCGCCGCUGCUGCGAGCAUGCCGGCGCCGCGGCACGCCCGGCCAGCGCGCCAUGCCUGGUGGGCCGACGGACGAGGAGAUGCGGGCAGCCAGCCGCGAGGCAAGGGCCGCAAGGGCACGGCUGCGGCUGCGGCAGCGCGAGGCCAGGGAGCCGCCCAAGAUCGCAUGGCGCGCAAUGGAGUCGUGGACGACGGGUGAGAGCAGCGCCGCGAGCAGAACAUCGAGCCAGCAGCCUGCGACGCAUGUGCUGGCCUCUGCAGUGCGCGAGAGCACAGCGCCAAAGCGGCUCGCAUCUGCUCCGCCGGCGGUGCUGCUGCCCGAGUCGCAAGGGCUGCCGAUCGAGUCGCUGCUGCCCGCCGCGAGGCUGGCCGCACAGCAGGCGCUGCAGGCAGAGCGCGAGCGUGAAGAGGCUGCGCACGCAGACGAGGAGGCGGCGCUGGUGUCGCUCGAGCGCGAGCAGCAGCAGCAAGCAGUGGCAGCGAGUGCGGCUUCGGGCAAUGAAGCGGCAGCACUCAGGGACGCGAGUGCCUCUCCGAGGCCUGUCGCUCGCGGGCCACAGCUGGUGGCUGAGAGGCCGAGCACAACAGCGGCAGCAGCGACGAGCGCCGCACUUCUUGCCGCUGCAGCUCCCUCUUCCACGUCAGCUCGAUCCGCUAUGACGUCCAGCGAUGCGACGACGAGCGUGCUUUCGCACCGAGCGCAGGUGCUGAUGGGCAACAAACGCGGCGCGCGGCUCGGCGUCGGACGGCCAGCUGCACCGCCUGUUGUAGUCGCCGCAGCGGCGCCAGCGACGUCUUCGCCAGCACCCGACUCGCGAGCGCAUCUCGAGCCGAUGCCGUUCGACGAUGACGAGGACCCAUUCACCUCGUCCGUCUCGAGCUCGGACCACGCGCAUCCUGGCUCAGAUCCUGCACCGCCGCCGGCUGCCGACCCGGUCUCCGAAGCCGACGAGCCGCCGCUGUACUUCCACGGCUCGCGUCGGCCCGAUGCAACGAACUACACCACACAGGCCGCGUCCGUGCCUACACGCCGCGCACCGACGCGAGCAGAGAAGCUGGCCGCGGCACAAGAGGCACGGCAGCAGCAAAAGGCGCGUCUGGCGGCCGAGAUCAAGGACGCCAAGGCAGGACAGAAGCAGGGCGCCUGGCGCUGGACGACGACGCAGGAUGUCCAGGGCGACGUCACGGAUCCGAGCCUCGACAUGUCGACGUCUCGCACCGACAAGUCUGCGCCACGGGCGGGCGAGCGGGUUCCUGCGCCACCCGGCUGGAAGUCACGCAUGCUGCUGCCGCCGUCGAUGCUCGGCGAGCAGAUCCGACACGAGCCGCGCCAGACGGCCAGCUCUCCGGGCGCCCCUGCAGCAGUCGAGUCGGAGACCGAGAGCGAAGAUGAUGGCGUGCCGCCUCCACCGCCGUCAUGCUCGCUGCCGGCGCCCGCCGCGGCUGCCGACGACAGCGUGACGGAGAGCGAGGAUGACGGCCCGCUGCUGCGCCCGGGCGUGCAGCCACGCCUUUCGCCAGAGAAGAGCAAGACGCGCCGGCGCGUGCUGAUGCGCGACACCGACGAGGGCCAGGCGAGCAAGCGGCGCAAGACGACGCAGCGCCGACCGGCCGAGCGAACAGCCAGCGCUCCGAACCUUUUCGCGCCGGUCGCGUCGGGCUCGCGCUCGCGACGGCGCAACGUCGUGCCAGGUGCACCCAUCUUUGCCGACUGUGUCAUGCUCGUCGUCGGCUACGAGCCGUGCGCACGGCGUGUGCGAGAUCUCAUCCUCAAGCACGGCGGCAAGCUGGCCGACAACUUCAGCGUCACGUCGCGCAUUACGCUCACGCACAUCAUCGGCGCGCCGACGGCCGGCGAGCGCGGCAACGAGCGCGACGUCGCUGACUGGGCCGGCGAGCUCUUCCCGCGCGAGCCGCGCGCCCAGCUCAGCGUCACGGCGCUGCGCGCCCGGCAAGAGCUGCCCAAGACGUUUGUUCAUGCCGCCUGGAUCUACGACUGCGUGCAGCACUGCGUGCGCAAAGAGGAUCUGCACGCGACGACGAGGUACCGCGCACUAUACCCCUCGGUGUGAAUGUAUCAUUAUGACGUGCUGAAUGGCGAUGACGGCUACUGGUC